CUCCCUGGAGCAAGUCUAGGAAUAAAGCACUCCUACAGUAAGCUCUCUUUUCUGAUCAUCACCCCUCCUCUGCUGUUAGCCGCUAGGGUUUGCCAUUGAAUCCCUUAUCGUGCGAAACGGCGGCGUAGCUUUGAGGCAUUGGCCCGCAGAAAGUAGUUGCUUUCUAUCCCCUCGACUUUUGAUUUCGUAUCCGCGUUUUUUUUCGCUUCGCUGCCUGAGGAGUCAGUAGGCAUGGCAGACGCGUCAGCGCAGAUCGACGAGUCGCUACAGCAGUUGACGGCGAUCCAAGAGGAACUAGAAAAGGUCAAUGAGGAGGCGAGCGACAAGGUGUUGGAGGUGGAGCAGAAGUACAACAAGCUACGGCGGCCGAUAUACGAGCGACGCCAGCAACUAGUCUCGCAAGUCAACGACUUCUGGACCACGGUGCUCCUCAAUCACAAUCUUCUUCACGCGUUUUUCACUGACGAGGACAGACAGGUGUUGGAGUAUCUGCGGGGCUUAGAUGUGGAGGAUUAUAAAGACAUCAAGUCGGGCUACAGCAUCACCUUUACAUUCGCUGAGAAUCCGUAUUUCUCGAAUAAGGAGCUGACUAAGAGCUUCAAGUACACCGAGGAGGGCACAGCUAACGUGGAGGCGACCAAGAUCGAGUGGAAGGAAGGCAUGGAUCUGACGGCGCCAAAGCCGAAGCAGGAGAAGCCGGGCAAGAAGAGACAACUGGAGGAGGAGGAGAGCUUUUUCAAGUGGUUUGAAGUCGAUGAGGCGGCGCAGGGCACCACGGGACCAGAUGAUGUGGCGGAGCUGAUAAAGGACGACGUGUGGCCCAACCCUCUACAGCACUACCUGCAGGAGGAGGAGGGGUUCGAGGGAGAUGAGGAUGAGGAUGAGGAGGGGGAGGAAGGGGAGGAGGGGGAGGAGGACGAUGAUGAAGAUGGCAAUGGGGAAGAGGAAGCUGAGGAAGACGAAGGUUGAGCUCCUCAGAAUUAUGGUUUCCAGCUUGACUAGUAUCGGGCAGGGGUCAGGUCAGGACUGGACAGAAAUGGGAAGGGCCUCCCUCACCCCUUUUUAGUUGGUGGAAUGGGCACGCAGGAGGCCCAUGGAUGGACAAAGUCACGAAGCAUGUACACCAUGGUGCAUUCAGAUCUGUUUAGGAGGUGCUAAACCGGCAAGUGAGUAAGUGUUUUGCCCCGUACUCUAUGUGGAUACUUGUAAAACUACAAGCUCAUGUUAUUGUACUAACCCAUGUGACUAUGCAU